AGUAGGCACAGGACAGAGAGGGAUAGCGGAAGAGGGAGUCUGGAAAUCACAAACAUGAACAAGCUGAAAUCCUCUCAGAAGGAUAAAGUUCGACAGUUCAUGAUCUUUACUCAGUCAAAUGAGAAAACAGCAUUGAAUUGUUUGUCUCAAAAUGAUUGGAAACUAGAUUUUGCUACAGACAACUUUUUCCAAAAUCCUGACCUCUACAUUCAGAAUCUAAAGGGAACAUUAGAUCGGAAAAAAUUAGAACAUCUCUACAAUCGGUACAGAGACCCUCAAGAUGAUAACAAGAUUGGUAUAGAUGGAAUACAACAGUUCUGCGAUGACUUGGGACUUGAUCCAGCCAGUGUAAGUGUGCUACUAAUCGCAUGGAAGUUUCGGGCUGCAACACAGUGCGAGUUUUCCAAACAAGAAUUCAUAGAGGGAAUGGCUGAGCAAGGGUGUGACAGCAUAGACAAACUCAAAGCACAACUACCCAGGAUGGAGCAGGAGUUAAAGGACCAAGGAAAAUUCAAAGAUUUCUAUCAGUUCACAUUCAACUUUGCCAAGAAUCCAGGACAAAAGGGUUUAGACCUAGAAAUGGCAAUUGCAUACUGGAAUUUAAUAUUGGCUGGGCGUUUUAAAUUUCUAGAUCUAUGGAACAAAUUUUUAUUGGAGCACCAUAAGCGAUCCAUUCCCAAAGACACAUGGAACCUUUUGUUAGAUUUCAGCACGAUGAUCACAGACGAUAUGUCAAACUAUGAUGAGGAAGGAGCAUGGCCAGUUCUCAUUGAUGACUUUGUGGAGUUUGCAAGGCCGUACAUUGGCACCAAAAGUACAGCUGUAUAACUGCAUUUUUUCCAAGGGACAUCUGAACCUCAGACAAAAACACACACAGCUUCUGCUGGGCACAGUGGACUGAAGUGAGAUCUGCAUUUGCCUUUUCUACAAGCCCUCAGGACUGAGACAUUUAUACAAACCAGAGACAUUGUAAAGGCAUCGUUUCUCUUCAGUCAUCUAAUGGUGGUUUGGGCUUAUUAUCUGUUUUGUUUUCGACAUCAUGCAGGAUCUGAUUCAGUCUCUGGGACAGCAGUAUUCUUAUCCAGAUGAAGCAGUUUGACAAGAGCAAGCUGUCACAGAUACUCUGACAUGUACAAUGACAUGUUAAUCCUUGUCCAGAGCUCAGAUAGGAAAUGUCAAAAAUCAAAAUCCUAAUUUUAAUACUCCAUGUGCAUUCUUGCUUUGAAUGUUGUUUUUUUCUGUUUGUUUUUUAUGGAAAUUUGAGUCAAAGAAUUUUGAUUGAACUCUCUCUUUUUUUAUGAAACAGUUACUGGUGAGAACCAGUCAGGGUUUCUUUCCAUUUUGUUUUAUUGUGAUAUUGUAUGUUUUCUGUUGAUGUCCAGAGUUCACAUUGCUUGUUUUGAUCAAUACGGAUAGGUCAUAUUAACUGAGAAUGUUAUAUUUUACAAUCAUAGAAAUAAUAUUAGUUUGAACAUUACCUCAGUUUUCAUUGAUUAAUGAUUCCAUUCGAUGUAUUGAUACACUGUUUUUUGCAGUCCGUUGAGCACUUAAAUAAGUAACACAAUCCACACAAUAAAUCAGUAAAUACUUUAAAAAUCAGGUUAUAGUUAAUGAAUAAAGUCAUAUGGCCGUGAAAAUAAUUCAAAGACUUUCCGCAUCAUACAACUAAGUACAAUCCACCGAAAUACAAGUUUUAUGUCUGUAUAUUUGACUCAUCUCUUAAAUUUCUUGUGCGUCACGUCUUAACUUGAGAUAGACAACAGCAGUUUUGUCAUUAAAACACAUUUCCCCCAAAGAGAAGCAUUUGGAGCCAUCUAUCUGUAGCAAGAAGCGCACAGCGGUGGCCAUUUGUUACGUUGUUGCUAGGAAACGAAACGUGACAACACCGCCGUUAAGUGAUGUUAUUAGUAAAUGUCUCGUCGUUUGAACUGUAUUUUUCUGACUUUCUCCAUUAA